AUGUUUCAUAAAACUAUACUGAACUUUGCAAUACUUUUGGGGGCUUGUACUUCAAUUCAGAUCAGUGAUGUACUUUAGAAGCAAAGAUCACAGCUAAAGUGGAGAUAAGAAGCAUCCAAUAAUUUCAACUGGAAUGCAACUCAAAACAUUUAGUGGUCCGUAGUUAACGCUUUCAUUGAUGUCUAGACCAGUCCAGAUGGAGAUAUAUAUGCCAUUCAAAGAAUCCAAUCCGAAAUGGAAACCAAGAAAUACUUCGUUUACCUUUACAAUAUCACAUCCAAUAUCUGGACAAUAACUGAUGCUACUUUUUAAGCGAAGGCUAUUAGAUUCGACAGACUUGGAAAUAUUUACUAUUUGGACUAAAAUAAUUGCAUCCUCAAUUCUUAGAAACAGAAGUUAAUCUGUGGGGCAUUUGACUUUGAAGUCACUGUUAAACGAGAGAUCUAUCUUUUGCAUGAUGGUCUUGGCUCUUUACCUAAAGAUACUCUAUCAUCUCCAUGGAGAACAGUUGGUGUUGAAGACUAUUAGUACAAGGCUCUCUCUGGAUAUAAGGGUAUCACAUUGCUGAAAGACUAGCCCAUCUUGAUUUUGAACGAUGGGACUGUUGACUUCAAUUAUGGUGGGGAAAAGCUUGUUAGUAUUAGUGCUGGUAUCGAUGGUUCUUUGUGGGCUUUAAAGCAAGAGGAAAAUGUAAAAAGCUAUCAAGUUCUCAAAUGGCAAACAGUUGCAUAAAAGUGGUACAUAGUUUCAGGCGCUAAAGGAGUCAGUCUCUCAGCUUACAAUGAAAUCUCUGUAGCAAUAGUUGAUGAGAAAGGUCUACUUAGUCUUUCAUCUUAGGUAGGACAUCAAGAUGAGGCAUAAUAUACAAAUAUUCCAGCAACUACAAAUCCUCCAGCAACAACAAAUGUUCCAGCAGCAACUGUUGUUCCAACAAUUGUACCAACCUCUCCAUCAGUGGCUCCAGAUAUUAUCGGGCAGCCAGCAGACUCAUUCGUUCCUUAAGAUGCAUUUAAGCUAUUUGCCUAAGAAGUAAAAUCAACCUAUGAUACAAACAUUAAGUCUUUUACUAAAGUCUUUAAUGCGUAAAAGAAUAUAAAAUCACGUAUUGACGCUCUUGCAGCCAUAUAUUAAAAGGAUGACAUCUUUGGCUUCAUCAAAACAAGCACUGGCUCAAUACUAGGGUUUUAUUACCAUGAUGCGGUAUAAUCAUUUUCUCAGAAUGGUCCAUAAAUAUAUACAUAAACUAUGAUUUAUGGAGUCUCAACUGGACAUUUCUCCAAAUAAGAGCCUAAUGAUUAAUACGAAUCAGCUUUUGGACCAUAUGAGGGCAAUGGGGCAAUGCAAAUUAUCACAACUCCUAGAGCAAAAAUAAUCUUUUACCUAUCAUGCAUUAAUCCUAUGAGCCCGCCUAGUAUGGCUGAGUGCUAUAGUAAUUCUAAUUUCUCAUAACCAGAAUAUUGCUAUUGGAUACUCUUAAGACAAUAAGGUGAUAGCAAUACUUUUGAAUGUGAACAAAUAGAGUAUUAUCAAGGUGAUACUCAAUGA